AUGUGCUUGUGGCUUAUAACUGCUUGUUUAGGUGUUUUACCCACAAAUCCUGCACCUCCUAAUAUAUUUGUAGUGCAAGGUGUACCCACCCCUAUUCUGCAACCAACAACAGCUGCGACAACACCAGCACCUACAACCACAACAGCAAAGCCACCACCCACCACAACCGCUGCGGCUACUGCUGCUCCGAUGACAACUGCACCUCCAAAUACUGCAGCACCAACAACAGGCUCGCCACAAAUUGACCCACGGCUUGGAACUACACCGGGAUUAUCGGCUGCAAUUCAGUUACCACCUAUAACUUCAUAUAACGCGCAAGUCACAUUAUACGAUACGGCCGUUAAGUUCCCUAGAGAACGCCGGAGUUUGAUUAUGAGAAUGAAGAACCUAUACGACAGUUUUAAUAGCCCAACAUACAAAAGCAAUAAACAUAAUAUUCGUAAGAGACAAAGUUGUAGCUGUGUACCUUCGGGUACCUGCGUUAACUCCGGGGGUGCUGGAAUGAUAGACAUUAGGAUCGUGACUCCUGGUGCGACGGUGACACAAUGUUCUACUGGUCAGACGUACUGCUGUGGUGCUACGACCAAACAAAAUACUAUUGCAUGUGGGACAUUGCAGUCAGUACCAUCACCUGGCGCUAACCCUGGAAGUGGCCAAGCUAAUUAUGGUGAAUAUCCCUGGCAGGCUUUAGUCUUGACCAAACAAAAUGAUUACAUCGCUGGAGGUGUUCUCAUAGAUCAGUUAAACGUUUUAACCGUCACUCAUAGAAUGACGUCACAUAUUGUUUCAGGAACAGCGCCUAAUGUAAAGGUACGACUGGGCGAAUGGGAUGCAGGUGGAAGUUACGAGCCGAUUCCUUACCAAGAGUACACAGUACAGAAGGUGUUCAGCCAUCCAUCUUACAACCCUAAUACAUUGCAGUAUGACAUUGCUGUGUUACGAUUGUCAGCACCGGUACCAUUUUCACCGGAAAGUGGAUCUGCUGCAACUAUUAACAGGGCGUGCCUUCCCCCAAAUUCAAAUUCAGUGUAUACUGGUCUUAGGUGCUGGGUGUCAGGAUGGGGCAAAAAUAUGUUCGGUAUGACAGGUCAAUAUCAGCAGAUCAUGAAAAAAGUGGAUGUGCCCAUAGUAGCUCCGGCCACUUGUCAAAGCCAAUUGCAAGCGGCUAGAUUAGGGCCAAACUACGUUCUCGACACUACGUCUUUUAUUUGUGCUGGUGGUGAAGCAAAUAAGGAUGCAUGUACUGGUGAUGGAGGUUCUGGAUUAUUUUGUCAAGUGAACGGCCAGUGGGUGGUUGUGGGUCUAGUAGCGUGGGGUCUUGGAUGCGCGAACCCCAAUGUUCCCGCAGCGUAUGUGAACAUUGCCGCGUUACUGCCUUGGAUACAGCAGCAAGUGGCCACAGCUUGA